CGCCCAGGCCCGCCUUUCUACCCCCCAGGGGCCCCUCCGCGAGCUGAAAUGCACCUUCUGUGUAUAUUGUUCCGCCUCUGCAUUUAUGAGCAAUGAGAACGCAGAGCGGGCCCUGCGCGCAGCUCGGGCGGUUAGGGCAUCCUCUGGAUAGCCAAGACGGAGGGUUCGGUCCCUGGUCGGUACAUACAAAAGUCAGCCAGCGAAUGCGUGCACAAGUGAAACAACGGAUUGGUGGUUCUCCCUCUUCCUCCCUUAAAUCAGCAAGUAAUUUUUUUUUUUUAAUCUCUCCCUCCAGAAGCACGCCUGGGUUGCCUAGGCUCACUUCUACCUUUGUAACCUUGUAAAUAAAUUUUGUCGUUUAACUGCUUUAUUAAAAAUAACGAAAAGGCAGAGCAGUUAGGAGAGCUCUGUGAAGCACUGUCCCGAGCCUAUCACAUUUCGUCUCAUCAGACCACAGUAGCCCGUGCGGUGCAUGUCGGCGCAGUGGCAUGUACAUCACAGCAUCCUCCCGCGGGAGAGGCGUGAAGUGGUGCCACGAAUUACCCGGGUCAUGGUCGGUGGCAGCCACGACUGAGCCCUGGGUCUGGUUCAGUCAGUAAACAUCCACUGAGUGCCACGUGCCGGGCACUGGGCUGGGAGCUGGCUCCUGGCUGCAGGUUGUGGGCCCGCCCCUCCUGUACCCCGUGCUCCUCCGGGGCUUGCGACCCCAGGCCCGUGUGACACUCCCUAGGUCUGGCCUGGAGGCCCAGCAGGUGCCGCAGCUCCGCAGCAGAAGCGCCUGCCACAAAAGCAGAGGACGACUCCUUUCUCCAGUGGUUCCUGCUUCUCAUUCCGGUGACUGCCUUUGGCCUGGGGACAUGGCAGGUCCAGCGGCGCAAGUGGAAGCUGAAGCUGAUCUCGGAGCUGGAGUCUAGAAUUAUGGCUGAGCCUGUCCCUCUGCCCACAGACCCCAUGGAGCUGAGAAACCUGGAGUACAGGCCGGUGAAGGUCAGGGGGCACUUUGACCACUCCAAGGAGCUGUACAUGAUGCCGCGGACCAUGGUGGACCCGGAGCGGGAGGCCCGGGAGGCGGGCCGGCUCUCGUCCUCGGCCCAGAGCGGUGCCCACGUCAUCACCCCUUUCCACUGCACCGACCUGGGGAUGAGCAUCCUGGUGAACCGAGGGUUUGUCCCCAGGAAGAAACUGAAUCCCGACACUCGGAAGAAAGGCCAGAUUGAGGGAGAAGUGGACCUGGUUGGGAUGGUAAGGCUGACAGAGACCAGGAAGCCUUUUGUCCCGGAGAACAACCCAGAAAGGAACCACUGGUACUACCGGGACCUGGAGGCCAUGGCCACGCUCACAGGCACAGAGCCCAUCUUCAUCGAUGCGGACUUCAAGAGCACAGUCCCUGGAGGACCCAUUGGCGGGCAGACCAGAGUGACCCUGAGGAAUGAGCACAUGCAGUACAUCAUCACCUGGUACGGACUCUGCGCGGCCACGUCGUACCUGUGGGUGAAGAAGUUCCUGCGUCGGGCUCCUGGCAUGUGAUGAGAUGACUGAUGUGGCCCGUCCUGGGAGCCACUGAAUAAAUACGUCACCAGAUUGGGUUUAACCGGGCCACGUGCUAUUGGUAUAAAUAAACUGCUGCUACCUGA